UUCAACACUACUAUAUAACAAAUAAUUUGAGUCGAUGCAUGGUUUACUAAAUGCGAUAUACGGUACACUCUUCACAUGGGGUCUAACAGCACUAGGAGCAGCCUGUGUGCUCAUAGUCCCCGGCAAAAGACGUGAUGUUCUCGACAUUAGUUUAGGGUUUUCUGGAGGUGUGAUGCUGGCUGCAUCCUACUGGUCACUCCUGUGCCCGGCCCUGGAUCUAGCUGAAAAACAAGGCUGGGGUAAAGGGAGCUGUAUACCCGUUUCUAUAGGUCUGAUUCUCGGGGCUGGUUUUGUGCUGUUAGCUGAUCUCCUGCUCCCUGAUACUGUUACACUGAUGUCAAAUAAAACAGCGGUUGAGAAGAAGUUUGACAGCGAACCAGAAGAUUCCAUCACGAUAGAAUCACGUGACAGUGACAUGGCACGUGAUAGUGAGGUCAGACAUCGCAAACCUAACCUUACUGCUAAUAGUGAUACCUCAUCAGACAAUAGUGUGAUAGACGAGAAGCUCAGAAAGGUUCAACUACGGAGACUAGUUUUACUGAUAGUAGCCAUCACAGUGCACAACUUCCCUGAGGGUCUUGCUGUAGGUGUAGGGUACGCUUCUGUUGGACGACCUGGUGUUGAUCUACAACAAGCACACAACCUUGCCAUUGGCAUUGGACUACAGAACUUUCCCGAAGGUUUAGCCGUAAGUGUUCCUCUAAAAGCAGCUGGUUUCUCAACUUUUGACAGUUUCUUUUGGGGACAAGCCAGUGGCAUGGUGGAACCCAUCGCUGGAAUCAUCGGUGUAAUUUGUGUGACACUUGUAGAACAGAUCCUAUCGAUCGCACUCUCAUUCGCUGCUGGAGCCAUGAUAUGGGUUGUGUGUAACGACAUAGUACCUGAAGCUUCAGCUUAUAAUCACACUAGACUCUGUAGUAUUGGUGUUAUCGUGGGAUUUGUGGUUAUGAUGUGCUUAGACACUGCUCUCGCAUGAUGUGAUGACGUCACGUGAUGUGAUGACGUCACGUGAUGUUAUGACGUCACGUGAUGUGAUGACGUCACGUGAUGUGAUGACGUCACGUGAUGUUAUGGAGUCGUGUGAUGUGAUGACGUAACGUGAUGUUAUGGAGUCGUGUGAUGUGAUGACGUAACGUGAUGUUAUGGAGUCGUGUGAUGUUAUGACGUCACGUGAUGUUACGUUUGGACUGACGUAUAUACGCGGGGACUAUCAUGAAGCAUGAUAACAUUUGGUAUUACGCGCAAUUGUCUUAAAAUACCUUGCUGAUGGAUUGACCAUUUAAUUUUCUUACAAUUAGUGAUUUGUCAGAUGAAUUUGCUUUAGUUUUUAAAUGUAUCUUUAUUUUUAAUUGAUUUUAUUGUUCGGGUUUUGUGCUUUUUAAAGGAAUACAUAUAUUAUGUUAACACUUAAAAUUGAUAAUUGCUGAUUAUUUACAUUCUGUGUUACGUAGAUUUCAUUUUCCAGCUUCGACUUAAAGUUAAAGCUGUGUCCAA